AGGGAACACCUACUCUGAAGUGCCUGUGCAAUAUCUCAAUUCGCCCUUGCGUUCCUGAACAACGCAAUUUUUAGAAUGAUAUUUUGGAAACAGAACUGUAUGGAGCUCAAAUGUUUAAUCAAUGGGAGAAUAUGCAGAAUGUUGGCCAAAAUCCUUCUCCUACUGUCGGCCAGUUGGGUUCCUCAUCACCACUUGAACUGACAUUUAUACAUCCGGUCAAAUAUCUUGCUAAUUGUUCUUGCUCACUGCGGUUUCAGACACAACAAUGUCAUUAUAGUCAUCUGCCUGCCUUUUUGCUACGUAAGCGCGAAAUUCCAAUGCGAGGUGAGCACGGGACUGAUGGAGAGCCAGUCCCUGGUCAUUUCCAUGUGGAAGAGGCGAUUGUAGGACCUUUUCUGAAAGAAGGACAAGUCCUUGUCCGGACUCUCUUCCUGUCUGUUGACCCUUACAUGCGAUGUCGCAUGAACGAAGACACAGGUGCUGAGUACCUGGCUCCAUGGGGGCUGUCGGAGUGCGUGGACGGUGGCGGCAUCGGGGUGGUUGAGUUAAGCCGCUGCGAUAGCCUCUCUGUGGAUGACGUGGUCACCUCGUUCAACUGGCACUGGCAGACACAAUGUUUGAUGGAUGAAAAGCUCUUACAGAAGGUUGAGCCACAGCUGGUUGAUGGACACAUAUCCUACUUCCUGGGUGCAGUUGGCAUGCCUGGCCUCACUGCACUAUUGGGUGUUAGAGAGAAGGGUCAUGUGACCGAAGGAGCAAAUCAGACCAUGGUGGUCAGUGGCGCUGCAGGGGCUUGUGGAUCUAUAGCUGGGCAGAUUGGCCGUGUGGAAGGUUGUACCAGGGUGGUGGGGAUCUGUGGGUCUGACGAGAAGUGCAGAGUCCUUGUGGAGGAUCUGGGGUUCUCUGCAGCAGUCAACUACCGUCAGGGGGACGUAGCCACAGCACUAAAGGAGAGUUGUCCUAAUGGAGUGGAUGUCUACUUUGACAAUGUGGGAGGGCCCAUAAGCGAUGCUGUAAUAGCACAGAUGAACAAUGAUGGUCAUGUGAUCCUCUGUGGACAGAUCUCCCAGUACAACAAGGACGUGCCCUACCCACCACCUCUCUGUGACGAGACUCAGGAGGCACUGCAAAGUAAAAACAUCACCAGGGAGCGGUUUAUGGUGCUGAACUACAUGGAGAAACACGAAGCCGGCAUAAUCCAGCUCAGUCAGUGGGUUAAAGAGGGGCAGAUCAAGGUGGGUGGAAAUUUGAGACAAAUUAUCCAAAGGUGUUGGAGACGGUAGUAAAUGGCAUUGAGAAUAUGGGAGUGGCCUUUUGCUCCAUGAUGAAAGGAGGAAACAUUGGUAAACAGGUCAUUAAAAUAUCAGAUUGAUUCAAAUCCCUGGUGGCACCAUCAGAAGCUACUGGAAUCACAAGUUUUUUUACAUACUACUUCCUGCCUUUGAUUUCUAUACUGACAACUGGAUGUACUGAAUAAAAUUAUUUGUAGUUA